AACCAGCAUAGAUUGUUGCCUUUAAUUUAGCCUAUGUAAUUUGUUUAUACACACUACAAAUAAUUGCGCAAUAUUGCAAUGUAGAAAAUGAUGAAGCAUCAAUAACGUUGCUUAGUCGCCAACUUGUGAUCUCACAAGGAAUACUACGGGUUACUGAUUAUUUAUAUCAGUUGAUAAUUAGGUUAUAGAACUGUAUCGAGGAAGGUGACGUAUUCGUGGGAUAUGCUAACAGAUGACGUCGCAGACUUAUCAACUUCCUCAUCGGAAACUAAUUUUGAUCCUAUGACGACUAUGGAGGCUGAAGAGAAUGUUCUCAACCAGAGUGGCGUGUUCAAUCUGGUAUCUGAAGGCUCUGGAGAUUCGAAUUUGAAUCCAAUCAUUCAAAUAAAUGAUGGGGUGAUCAGUGCCAUCAAUGCCAGCGACGCUAACAUUUCAAUGGAUGAAACUAUACCAGAAAGUACAAAUGCAGCUAGUAGUUUAGCUACUGCAGAUAUGCAGUUGAAUCAGAUCUUGAUAUUAGAAGAAGAGUCACCUGGAAUAGCGAUUCAACGAAUCGAUGCUGGAGAAAAUUUUCUGUCGGAGAGCAAAAAAUUAGCUAAGACGUCUGAAGGGCUUUACAGGGUAUCAAAAUUCAAAAAUAUUCAAUCAAAAACUGGGUGUUUGACUAAAAAUGGGGAUGUCAUUGGUCAGAAUUCAUGGGCUGACUUUUCCAAACCUUCUACAUCCAACUGCAGUAGGGAUCCUAAGUUUUCAGUACCCAAAGCUGGCACUCUGGUUGCACCGAAUUCUGUUAAAAGAGCAGGUCCCUAUCUGCUCGGCCCUCAAAUAGGAACUUCACCAGUUAAAAGCAUUGUACAGUGCCUGGCUCGUAAAGAAGGCUCAGAUAAAUUCUAUACAAUCAAAAUAUUAACAUUGAAAGAUGACGAAGAGGAUGAAACACAAGAUGAUAGACAAGGCAAGAUGUUACUACAUGCAGAGUAUUCAUUACUAAGUCUACUUCACAGCCAAGACGGUGUCGUACAUCACCACGGAUUUUUUAAAGAUUAUGCACUGGAGGAAAAAUGUGCAGCCACCGGUACAGUUUACACGGGCAAAAUAAAACGAAGGCUUUGUCUGGUUCUGGAUUGUCUAACAGCGCAUGAUUUUAACCCAAAAAACGAUGAAUUACUGAAUUUGCAGCACCACGUAAUACGGGAGAAAAAAUUAUCGGAGAAAGAAACAUUGCUCAUAUUUUCUGACACAGUUAGGAUCGUUGCUUGUCUUCAUAAGAGAAACAUUGUGCACAGAGACUUGAAACUUGGGAACCUAGUUCUAAAUCGAAGAACACGAAAAGUUACCAUAACGAAUUUUUGCCUGGGAAAACACUUGGGUAGUGAAAACGAUUUAUUGAAAGACCAACGUGGUUCCCCAGCUUACAUAUCACCUGACGUUCUUUGUGGUAAGCCUUACUUAGGAAAACCUUCAGACAUGUGGGCUCUGGGUGUUGUAUUAUUUACAAUGCUAUAUGGCCAAUUCCCAUUCUACGACAGAAGUCCUACACAGCUUUUCAAUAAGAUAAAAGCUGCCAAUUAUCAUAUACCAAAUGAUGGUAGAGUAUCAGAAGGGAUGGUUUCCUUGAUAAGAAAUUUACUGGUGCUUGAACCAAGCAGACGUUUGACUGCUAUGGAAGUAUUGGAUUCGCUUUCAGUUAUAAUAACAUCAUUCAAAGUACCAAAUGUGAGCGGAGAAGAGAUGCAAGUAGUGCCUGACAUUGAUGAUAUGAAAGACAAGAGCUGUGACCAGUUGGUUGAUAAAACUAGUGAACAGGAUAAAAGGUUACAAGAAGAUAAGCUAGGCGAUUUUUCUAAGCAAGUUACGCUACAGGAACAAAUGGGAAGAAUAAUCAAACAACAACAAAGCCCUCUAGUCCCUCAGCGUAGACCCUAUGGACAAAUUCCACUUCACAGAGUCAAUUCAGAUGCGCGGGAAUUGACUCCAGCUGAACUUUCUCGUUUCAAACAUUUAAUCCCUAGAGAUAACCAGAGAUCUCGCGGUCAGAGUCCCAAUAGACGAGAAGGCGCUCUUUUGAGAUUGAGAGGGAGUUCUAGAAGCAGAUCUGUCGUAGCAAAUCAGAUUAUAUCUCGCCGAGAACAGAACUCUGUAGCAAGCGACAUAGCGCAACAAGGCAGGCAUGGUUCACUUGGUGGCAAUUCAUUGAAUUCAGUGUCACCGCAAAGUUCAUCAAGUUCUUCUAGUUCUACUCGAUCUUCUAGUGCUUUGGGAAAUAUGAGAACACCGACCUCUCCAGAAUCCUCAGAGAAUACAAUCUUUGGCGUUCAAAACCAGCCUAAUUCUGGCACGAGCAGGUCUUUGGUUGGUUCAAAUAAUCUACCAAACAUAAUAUCGUCAAACUCAGAGUCUUCCGGAAGUGCGAGCAGAGUUCGUAGCUCAAGAAGCAUAGGAAGUAUUAGAAACGAAAUUGGUGAGCUUCCUCCUAGAACUUCCAGUGCUCCUCUGACUACAUACCCUCAAGCAAUGAACAAUCCGAGUCCCAGAGAAAGACAGGCCAACUCUACAUUGUUGCAGCCAAGCAAUUCAUUGUCUUAUAGUCAAAACGGACGAUUUUCUACAUCAGAGGGUCAAGAUGGAAGUCUGUAUUCUGUAGAUAGCCAGAACAGGCAAUCUAACUCAAUUGUUAACCCACGGAGUGCUUCAAUGAGAGCUGCUACUUCUUCAGUUGGGGCAAUUCAGAGUCAAGAUGUCCGUAAUAGACGCGUGAACUCAGUUCCCUCUGAUUUGCAGGUUCCUUUAUCAUUGUCAUCUAGGUCACAGCAAGAAGAUGUCAGUCGUCGUUCUUCUCUUCGGUUGAACAGAACGACGUCUGGAGCUUUCAAUAGAUCAGUACCAGAUGCAAGGCCAGAAAACCGGCAGGAUAGAUUUUUGGAGGCACUUGGCCAUGAACUGGCAUCAUUUCGCGUCAGGAUGCACCAAAAUCGCAUAAAUAAUAUAGAACGAGAAUUGAGCAUACAAAAUAGACUCGCCAAUCUCAUGUCAAACGUUAAUGGAGAUACCAACGAUCAAAGGAUUCUAGAUUUUCCAUUACGGAGACCAUCCCUUGGUCAAACUAGGCAUUCCCCCUAUACGUUAAGAUCCGGGGCUUUGAUAUCAGACAGAGAUUUAUAUAAUGGAAGUAGAAAUUCAAGACGUGGAAAUCCUGACCAAGAAAUUCCAGGUGGUCUAAUGGAUCCUAGUUUGAAUGUGCCUACUUUACAACCCAGCUGGCAAGACACAAAUUCUGGCAGUUCGAGCAACGCGGCAACAAACCCUAGAACCGUGUCAGGUUCAAAUUUACGGGCUAAUGCCUCUGAUCCCGUAACUUCUAUGAAUACAGGAUCUUUAAAUUCCUCUAAUCCGGCCUUAGAGACUUCACGAGCAAUUUCUGCUUUGGCUAGAGACUCCGUAAUAGUCAAUAGACCCUCAGAGAGCAGCCAGGAUUCAAUUCUCAUCCACAGAGGUAUAAGAUUUCAACUCUCGCCGAGAUCCCAGAGAAAUUUGAGCGCUUUUUUGAGAAACAGAUUGGAUAGCAGGGGUCGUGGAUCAAGGAGAUAGUAUCUAGUACCAGUCUAUUCAGGCGACUUUAACCAAUUGGCGUCUGUAAAUUAUAUCACAGUUUCAAAACGUUAUUUGUAUGAGCGAUCUAUCACCUAUGUUGAUUGGAAACAGAAUUUGGGUGGUACGUUAAACUCUGUUACCUUCCCUAUUUCAACCCAUUUACCCAAUGUACAUACUAAAUAAAAUAUGUAUGGCAAUUGAA